UUACCAUUCUAAUUUCUUUCUGUAAGCCACUUUUUCUCUUGACAAAUUAAUGAAGUUUUGAUUUCAAUUUUCCGUAAAUUCGGGACGAAAUCCCUAAUUAUCCAAUGUAAAUCCAUAAAUUAGAACCAUUUGAGUUCAAUCACAUGCUUUUAUUCUAAUUUUACUGUCUGAAUCAAAUUAUAGAAACGGAGCGAGAGGGAGAAGAAUUUUGUGCAGAUAUUAAUAUACGUAAUUUUGUAUUCAACGGAAAUGCCAAGCAUUGGCGUGAAAUUAUACAGCGUAUUCUUCAAAUUUAUGCUAAAGCAUCGGUUGCAAAACCGAUUUCAGAACCCGGGUAGCAAUGUCGGUGGUGGUGGGAGUUUUGGUGUGACGUCACGGCCGGAGGAGGAGACGGUGGCGGCUGCCAACCCUUCGUUCACCGACGGUGUCGCCACCAAGGACAUCCACAUCGAUCCCUUGACAUUAGUCUCAGUCCGUAUUUUUCUUCCCGAUACUUGCCUUAAUUUUUCUGAAACCCUCAGCAAACCUCUUUCCCGGGUUGCCGGAUCGGAUCCAAAUCUAAACGGGCUCCGUCGGAGCAGCUAUGGGUCCGCGAUUAAUAAUGUUUCUAGCAGUAAUGGUGUAACGGUCAAGCAUGCUCAUAAUCAGGAUAAUUAUAGGAGAAAUAGUUAUGGAUGUAGUAGCGAUGGUGUUGGAUUGAAAUCGGAGAAUGGAACAUACAGGGGUUAUAAUCCGAUGGGGAAUAAUUUUCGGAAAUUGCCGGUGAUGAUACAGUUUCACGGUGGGGGAUUUGUGAGUGGGAGCAACGAUUCUGAGUCGAAUGAUUUUUUCUGUAGGCGUAUCUCAAAGUUAUGUGAUGUGAUUGUGUUGGCCGUGGGGUACAGGCUAGCUCCUGAGAAUAAGUACCCCGCGGCAUAUGAUGAUGGGUUGAAGGUACUGCAUUGGUUGGCAAAGCAAUCAAAUUUGGCGGAAUGUAGUAAAUCAUUGGGGAGUAUGCAGGGUGGUGGAGCAGAUUUAAGGAAGUCGGAUGGUCAGUGGCACGUUGCUGAUGCAUUUGGUGCAUCAAUGGUGGAGCCUUGGUUGGCUGCUCAUGGAGAUCCAUCGAGAUGUGUUCUUCUUGGGGCUAGUUGUGGGGGAAAUAUUGCUGAUUAUGUGGCACGGAAAGCUGUAGAGGCUGGUAAGCUUUUGGACCCAGUUAAGGUGGUGGCCCAAGUUUUGAUGUAUCCUUAUUUCAUUGGAAGUGUCCCAACACAUUCUGAAAUUAAAUUGUCAAAUUCCUACUUCUAUGAUAAGGCUAUGUGCAUACUUUCAUGGAAACUUUUCUUAUCCGAGGAGGAGUUCAACCUUGACCAUCCUGCGGCCAACCCACUUGUUGCUGAUAGAGGAGGGCCACCUUUAAAGCAGAUGCCCCCGACACUGACAGUGGUGGCAGAGCAUGAUUGGAUGAGAGAUCGGGCUAUUGCAUACUCAGAGGAGCUCCGGAAGGUAAAUGUUGAUGCGCCUGUUCUGGAGUACAAGGAUCAAGUUCAUGAAUUUGCGACCCUUGACAUUCUUCUCAAGACCCCUCAGGCCCAGGCAUGUGCUGAAGACAUUGCCAUUUGGGUCAAGAAGUAUAUUUCACUACGAGGUCACGAGUUCUCAUACUAAGUUAGAACAAGACAACGGUAUUUGCAUGUGUAUAUCUUGAUGAUGAAAGAAGCAAUGGAACUCAGCUUGGGGAUACAUGUCUUGCUAUAUAUAUAUAUAAAUUGGUUCUCAAAGCUUAUGUGGUGCCCCCUCGGUAUUUGACUUCAACUGCGUGUUUUGUAUUUCUUGUGAGAUAAAACUUAUGUGAGAUUAGGAUUUACUUGAUUUUGUUAUCUGUAACCUAUACGAGCUUAUCAAGUCAUACUCCUAAGUUCAGCAAUUUUUCAUUAGACGAGAUGUAAUGUUUCACGAGAAUGUAAUCGAAUGAUAUAUGUACUUUUACA